AUGAGAAACCUCAAAUCUCGUUACGGCAACCCGUACCGUCUCGGUUCCCUGCUGGGCCUCGCCUGCUUGACAUCUGCUCAUUCAUGGAUCGAGUACGCCUACGUAAUUGCUCCCAAUGGCACAAUGGUCGGGCACAUUGGCUACCCACGAGGAUUCAAGCCUCGCAGUGACCCCGGCUGGAACGACAAAAUCCCCCAGUGGCUACUGCCUCAAACCGGAUCGGCAGCUUACUCCGGUAAAGAAGUCUUGAACAAGUUCCCCUUCGAAGAGAAUCCCAAGCAGCCCGUGCUUGAAGCCGCCCCCGGAGACCAUAUCGCCCUCAUGCACUUCGAAAACGGGCAUGUUUCCUUGCCCCAAAAUCAGCCCAACAAGCCUAAGAACCGCGGCACCGUCUACCUUUACGGCACCAGCGAGCCCAAGGAAAAAGAGAACCUGUUUGACGUCCAUCUCGUGUGGAACAAGGACGGCACCGGUGGUGAUAAGAGAGGAGUCCUCCUUGCAACUAGAAACUACGACGAUGGUCGGUGCUUCCAGCCUAACACUGCGGACAUCACGAACCAACGCGUCGCCAAGUUGAAAGACAAUGGGGCCCAGAACUCACAGGAGUUGGCGUGCCACUCUGAUUUGAAGCUUCCCGACAACUUGAAGCCUGGUAGCUUUUACACCAUCUACUGGUACUGGGACUGGCCGAGCCUGAACCCAGACAAGAUUGACAUGGACAAGACUGCCGAUGGACUCUAUCCAUGGGCGGGGUCGUUUAUGCGCGGCGACAAGGUUCCCAAUGGGUGGACCAUGGAUGCCAUUGCCCAUAAUGAGAGCUACAGCAGUGUGAUUGAUAUCAAGAUUGUCGAGAAACCAAAGGAGUUUGCGGGCAAGGAUGCUGGAAAGGAGGCGUGGGUGUCUAAGCAGAACGUUUACUCCAUGGGUGUCCAGGACCAGAUGGCCAACAACUUCCAGGUCAAUGUUGGUGGUCCCGGGAAUAGCGGCACGGGCUCUGCGCCUACUGCUUCGGCGCCCGCUUCUGCGCCUCCUGCUUCGGCGCCCGCUUCUGGUCCUGCCCCGACGGCUGGUUCAGAUGCUGCGAGUUCCAACGCUGGCGCUGUUGCUACCGUCACGCAAUAUAUCACUGUGCCUCCUACCACGCUCAUCACUACCGUCUUCAAGACUGUCGGUGACGACAAUAAAAAGGUCCGCCGAUCUGAACCGGCCCCGGAGCAAUCGAUACUUAGGCUUACCAAUGCCUAUCCGACCGGCACUCCAGGGCAGCAUUCUGCCGCUAAGCAAGUGUCCUCGGCACCGCCGUAUGACCGGCGUCGGGCCAGAUGGUUCUAA